AUGAAGUUGACUACUUCACAAAAAGCGACGUGCACUUAUCAUCAAUCUUGCACCGAGGAAUAUGUAGCUGUCACUGAAGAAGGUUCCAUGAAUACUUCCCAAGAAGGUAAUACCUUAGAGAAUAAGGCUGUAAUGCCUGAUAUUGAUUCAGGGACUGCUAAAGAUGUCAAGAACUUGGGUUACCUUGUAUCAAACACAUCAAACCGGAAUGAGGUCACAAAUUGUAAAACCGCAUGCAAUUACUUUAUACCAAGAGACCAUUUGGUGCUUGAGAUGAUAGUAGGUGAAGGUGAGUUUGGUUCAGUCUACAAGGGACUUCUUAUUCAACCAGAAGCUAAUAGUGGAUUAUCUCAAAAACGUCGAGAAAUCGCAAUUAAAACAUUACGUGACGAUCACUACCCUUCGAAUAGCCGGGAGUUCUUACGAGAAGCGUCCGUUAUGAUACACUUAAAACACCACUGCAUUGUCCAAUUGAUUGGUAUUUCAAAGGAGGAAACCCUUAUGAUGGUGCAGGAGUUGGUGCCUUUAGGUUCGAUGCUGCAUUUUAUCUUAGAACAAAAAGACACUAUAAGAGUUCACUAGGAGUUAAAAUUGUGGGCUUCGCAAAUAGCAUGUGGUAUGCUUUCAUAAUAUUGAAUUACAACUCUUUUGCUUCAAGGUAAUUCUUAUAGGAAUGGAGUAUCUGGCAUCUAACCAUUUCGUGCAUCGAGAUUUGGCAGCUCGCAACAUAUUACUCGCUUCUCGAAAUCAAGCAAAAAUUAGUGAUUUCGGAUUGUCCCGCGCGCUUGGAAGCGACGGCGGGUGUUACCAAGCUAGCCAAGGCGGCAAGUGGCUCAUUAAGUGGUUAGUGAAAUUUCAAUUUUUGAAAAAAUAGAGCUCUUAUCAUUCCGACUUACAUAUCAACAGGUACGCUCCGGAAAGUUAUAACAAUGGGCUUUUUUCGCAAGCCAGUGACGUCUGGUCUUUCGGAAUUACACUUUGGGAAAUUAUUUCUUUUGGUAAAGCUCCAUUCCAAUUAAUUGAGAGUGGAUAACGCUUGCCACAACCACCGCUUUGUCCAAUUCAUAUUUAUAUAACUUACAUAAAGGGAAUAAUUA